AUGUCAACAUCUAAAUCCGCAACAUUCUCCACAUCAAAAUCCUCUCCUGCAUUCCCUACUUCUUUUAUUUCCCAAGUAUGGUUUAUUGCAAAGUUAACAUUUGGUAGUAUCCCGGAAAAUAACUGUAGCCAGCAAGAUUCAGAUGUUAGUUUUGCAUACUCACUAGCAAAUUCACACUUACCCAAACCAAAGACCACGACCACUACGAAAAAUUUUAUGACGAGAAGUUUUACGACGAGAAAUAGUACUACGAAAAAUGCUACUUCAAAGAAUGCACCAAUAAUAAUAACCGAAAGAAGACCAGGUUCACCGAUGGUUUUAAGACGUCGUAGCGUUAUUCGUGACAACUUUCUUAAACCAGUUAAAGCUAUAGUACGAAAGAAGAGUGGUGAAAUUGUGAAACCAUCUCUUAAAGACAAGAACAAUCAAAACACGGACACUUUUCAUAAGGAUGCACACGUACAUUUCAACUCAAAUUUAGAACAAGUUUUAUCAUUCAAAAAAAAUUCAGUGCCAAAGGCAAUCGGCUUUCAUAUAUUGAAAAAAGGCUCCGAAG